AUGCCUCCAAGAACUUUAUCAACAGCUUUAGAUGUUAAAAUUGAAGCGGGGCAACCACCACACAUAAAAAUUUUUCGUGCACAUUCUGUUGUUCUAUGUGCUCGCUCGCCAUACCUUCAAGCAGAAUUAGCGACGUUGUCGAAUAUGCCGAAUCCAUUGAUUAAGAUCCCAUUUAUUGCACCAAACAUUAUGGAAAUACUUUUAAAAUAUAUGUAUCAUAAUAAACUAACGUUAAAUUCGGACCACAUCGAAUAUAUUCUCGAUCUCCUUGUCGCUGGUCAUGACUUGGGUUUACAAGCGCUAUGCGAAGAACUACAACUCUAUCUUAUCCAAAAGAAAUCACUUUUACUGCUUCAAAAUUUUGCGCAGACAAGGCGGAUCGCAUACCAACACGAGGCAUUUAAACGACUACAAAUAUUUUGCGAACAGGUUAUUAGCAAUUACCCCGAAACUGUGUUUAUGGCGAAAGAUUUUGUGUUGUUAGAUAGACAAACAUUACUUUCGCUGUUACAGCGUGAUGACUUAACCGUCAAAGAAAUUAAUAUUUGGCAACGUGUAAUCGAAUGGGGAAUUGCUCAUACAUUUAAUAUAAAUUCUUUAAAUUUUUCGUCCGAAUGGACUCCUGAACAAUUUGCCUCGUUACAAGUGACUUUGGCUGAAUUCUUGCCUCUUGUGCGUAUCUUUCAAAUUUCUGCAGUUGAUUUACACGCAAGAGUUUUCCCUUUUGAAUCGAUUCUACCCAAUCAGGUAGUUGAAGAUUUA